AUGCAGCUGAGUCCAUUACAGUCGCGGCUGGCUGCGUCCGUGAUAGCCUCAUGUCUGUUACUCGUUAUAUAUCUAUUUUUAUUCUCCCCGCCAUUCGCUCUCGCCGCCGAGCUCGCUGGCAUAUCUGUCGAUAACGACGCGCGCGAUUGGACUUACGAUGAUGCACAGGAUGCUGCCGAACCUCUCGAAGUAUCCGACCCCAGACGUCCAACUUACGAACCAGGAUUCGCACUAUUCGACCGAAGCAUAAUAGGAAGGCAAGCAGGUGUUGCGAGUCCCCUAGCCGACAACGAGCUUACAACCAGUAAUCUUGCCCCUGGCAUUACGAACAUAUAUGUUUUCUCUGAGUCGUCAGUGACUAGUAGGGCGGCACAAAAUCUGAACGAGCCAUUGGAGCUUCGCAGGGGGUUAAAUGAGUCAGGAGAGUCGGCUGCCGAUAUACCCAAUGAAGCCAUUGAUCCCGAUUCGGAACUUGUGCGUAGACAGUCAUCGAAAACGUUGUGGAUAUCUGCAAAUACUUGCCAGCAGCCAUGGCCCCUUUCAACAGAUCAACCCACGGUAGAGCCUCCGCAACUCGUUCUCUAUGUGUCGACGUCCGCCGACAAUACCUCCCCUGGACCGUUGCAGAGCAACGAUACACAGCGGGUUAUCCCCUUUAAUGAUGGCGCGGUUAUGUUUAACAUAUCCCUAGACGGGGAUGUUUACAUGUCAAUUACAGCUCCAACGGUUUCUGCCCAAUUAUUCGACAUUACGAGAGAGUACAACUUCAAUUUAGUCGCUUCUACCGAACAAUAUUACUAUUCCUAUGACAAUCAAACAAAAGCAGAUCUUGUGUGGACCGAUAGCGAUGCGGGGGCGGCUCUAUUGCAGACAAACAACCUUACGAGUUCUCCGGACCAACAGAUCACUACGAUGCCGUAUGUAUUGUUCGCUCAUAAUCAAAACGAUUCGGCCAUCAGUGGAAUGCGCAACUCUUACUGCGGACUGAGCUUGCACGCUCAAAUUAGGAAUCUGGACGACGGGAGCAGUGGCGCAGUGACCAUGGGGUUAAAGCAAGGGGGGGAUCGCAACCUAACCCGACAGCAGUUUUAUGUUAGCGGCCUCAACGCCAGUUCUAAGUACGUUGGAAUUCUUGCGCGUCCACCGGGAAAGGCGGUUCAAAAGCGACAGGAUGAUUCCUCUAGUGUGGGGGGUGGAGUUGUUUUUCAGCCGGUUCCGUUCGAAACUAAACCCAAUGGCGCUUGUACGGUUAUCUUCAAUCUAACACUAUGCGACCAAACGCAAUACGCCGUACCUGGAAACCAAGAUCUUUUCCCUAACGUUGCGGCGCUCGCUGCUUUCUACGAGAAUUAUACGCAGACCAUGUGGGACAACUUUGAUAAAGUCCUGCAGCAGGUUCCUUGCAAUACCUCAUCGACGGCUCAGUACUCUCUAGCUAGAAAUUGCGAUGAUUGUAAAAUCGCGUAUAAGAAUUGGCUCUGCUCGGUGGCCAUCCCACGCUGCGAAGACUUUUCGACGCCUCCUCGCGAGGGAGUUUAUCUACACGAGCGCAACAUCGCGGCCCCGUUUCCGAACGGGUCGAUGGUGGACCCGGAAUUGUUGAAAUUGAGGGGAGACGAUAAGGCUUUUAGCUCGUCCCGGAACCCCGCCAUUGACGAAACCGUUCAGCCGGGUCCGUACAAGGAGCUGUUGCCCUGCGACAACGUAUGCUACGAACUGGUACGGAGCUGCCCAGCCUCCAUGGGCUUCGCCUGUCCACGCGAUAAAAGCAUGUACGGCUACACUACGAGCUACGGCAGGCAGAAUAUCGAUGGCUCUCUAUCAUGCAAUUAUCCCGGAGCUGCGCAUUUCCCAGGCGCCGCCAGUACGCUCUCCAUCUCGCGGUACGGCCUCGCCGGUGCAUUAGGUAUACUUCUGAUAAGCACGAUUCUGCUAUAA